UCCAAAAUUAUCAAAAAAACCGCGUCUUUAUGAGCUUUGUCUCUCUUAUAAAUUAGAUUUCCAAUUCCAUUCCCACCACCGCUCAUUCGAUCCUCUCUCUCUCAGAUCUCAAUUCCCAGAUCUGAUCCGAUCCAAUCCAAUCAAUGGGUUCUCAGUCUCAUCCCACGCCAUUCAAGAUCUUCGUCGGCUACGAUCCCCGCGAAGACAUUGCUUACCAGGUAUGUCGCCACUCGAUCUUGAAGCACUCUUCAAUCCCCGUCGAAAUCAUCCCCAUAGUCCAGUCCGAUCUGAGGAAGAAAGCCCUGUAUUGGCGCGAAAGAAACCCGCUCGAGAGCACCGAGUUCUCCUUCACUCGCUUCUUGACUCCCUCUCUCGCCGACUACCAAGGCUGGGCCAUGUUCGUCGAUUGCGAUUUCCUCUACCUUUCCGACAUUAAAGAGCUCGCCGACUUGGUCGACGAAAAGUACGCCAUUAUGUGCGUUCAGCACGACUACACCCCCAAGGAGACCACCAAGAUGGACGGGGCUGUCCAGACCGUUUAUCCCAGAAAGAACUGGUCUUCCAUGGUUUUGUACAACUGCGGUCAUCCCAAGAAUCGCAUUCUCACCCCUGACCUCGUCAAUACCCAGACGGGUGCUUUCCUCCACAGGUUUCAGUGGCUCGAAGAUGAGGAAAUUGGGUCGGUUCCCUUUGUUUGGAACUUUCUGGAGGGGCAUAACAAGGUGGUGGAAGGUGAUUCCGCUACUUACCCGAAAGCCAUACAUUAUACUCGGGGAGGGCCAUGGUUCGAGGCAUGGAAGCACUGUGAGUUUGCUGAUCUUUGGUUGAAUGAAAUGGAUGAAUACUUGAAGAAGGAGAAGAGGAAGGAGCCAAUCGAAGCCAUCACCCAAGUUUAGAUUUUGAUUGAUUAUUUGAUUAAACUGGAUUCAUUUCAUAUUGUGUAUUGUAUUUAUUACUUCUAAAUUGAUUGUGUUCACAAUGGAGACUGGAAGAAAGUAGGUCGGCCUCACUCACAUCCCUCUCUGUUAUUUGGAGUAGUUAUUAUUAGGGGUAGCAGCACUUUCGUAUAUCUAAUUAUGGAAUCUAUCAUUGUUUAUCAUUGUUUUGCUGUACAAGCACUAUCCCUGUUGCGACUUGUAUAGUUAUGUUGAUCUGAAUGAUGAAAAUAAAAAUAGCAUCAUACUUUGAUCUCCAUUAGAGAAUGAUAUAAAUCUUUGCUUCUAUUGGUUA